GAGAACGCCUGCAUCCAGAUUCGAAGAGAGGGAGUUCUUGAAGUCUCCGUAUGCGGUCCUUCAUCGUCACUCCUCAUCGUCUGUGGCGACUCGUCAUGAUCUUGCUCCAUCGUCCACGUAUCUCAGUCCGAUCCAAGUUUAGGCCAAUGCCUCCGUGUGUGUAUUCUGCAAUGUACCCUACGACGUACCAGUGUUCUGCGAUGUACAAGCAGUCUCCAGUUUACCCAAAUCGAACCUAAGAAAAACAAACUACUGAACAGUGCGGAUCUCCAAUUGCACACAGCCGCUUCCUGAUCAAAUCAUGAAUUGGACUCGCCGAUGAUGUACAUCUUGGGAGGGAAAAAUGUGGGAAGUUUGGUAGAUCCGUCGACCAUCUCAGCCACUACUUUUGGAGCAUGACGAGAGAGGCUCCAGAAUUAUCGUGAUCUUGGGAAAUCAUGCUCCAGUAACCUUAUGUUGGAACGUGGAACGUGGAUGGUGGAAAAUCUAAUGGUACACAACGCCAGAGUCAAGUGUAGUGGAAACAUUUCCCAACGUACAAUGCACAAGACAGAGAAGAAGAUCCAGAUUGAACUGUGCUUCUACCAUCUUCGAGAUAGUGCACAUUGCUUGCUUGCUUCACAUUCCGGUACACAUACUGUGCGCUGCUCCAUUCAUAUAACCUCCUUCAUCCUCAUGCACUCACUCCAUGCAUGUACUCCAUGUACUUUUAAUAUCUAUGCAUAACGAUAAUCUCAUCAAAUCACACCCACACGCAAUCAACCUACUCUGCAUGCUUCGUAAUAAUAAAUCCUUAUCUUGAAAAUCAUCCUUCGAAUCCAAGCCACCACCACCUGCACGACCUUUCAACGUCUGAGUCUUCGAAAAAUUGUCCCUUCUCGCCCAUCUCGACCAUCUCGACCACAAACUUCCAACAUCCGUCCACUUAACUCACCACCAACUCAUCAACAAUUACGUCGAGGGAGGUACGCAUCACCAACGACACUAUUCUGUGCCUCCUUCCUAGACCUUGAGUCACCUACCCGCACUAGGCUCAUCCUCGCUAUUGCGUUCUCGACCACAUUGGAUGAUUGAACACAUAAACAGUGACAUGCGAAGAAUCCACACCUCGUCUGGUCUCAAAGUCCCAAACAGGCAAAACCCCUGGCAUAGAGUUUGAUUGCUGCGUGGAUGCCAUGCUUUACCGAAAUGCAAAAAAAAAAAAAUCAUUCAAAAGGUUUUUAUCUAGCAAGAUCUUUCGUGUCUGUAACAAAUAUCGUCCAUGCCUUGCUUCCUUUUCCCAGUGCCAAGUAAUUCCGCUCCGCUCCACCCACAAUCCAGAUUCUUAUCGAUAAACUUACACAAACCUUCGUUGCAAAACCACCAAAUCAACACUCAACAGUCAACAACAAACGCAACCCAGAUCUGAAUCUGAAAAUGAAGCUCACUUGCGACCCUGCCCGGGCCAAAACCCUCAUUUCAGCCUUCCAAUCCGUCUCUGAACGUGUCACCAACGCCGCAGGAACCAGAAAUGUAAGAUUAGUAGCAGUAUCUAAACUCAAGCCAGCAACGGAUAUUCUAGCUCUCCAUGAGCAAGCAAAUGUCGAGCAUUUCGGUGAGAACUAUGCACAGGAGUUGAUGGAAAAGGCGGAGAUUCUGCCGAGGAGUAUCAAGUGGCAUUUCAUUGGAGGCUUACAGAGUAAUAAAUGCAAACCCCUCGCCUCCACAGUCUUCAACCUCCACCUUGUUUCCUCCAUCGAUUCCCAAAAGAAGGCCUCCCAAUUAUCCCUCGGGCGCUCUCUUCUCCCCAUGCCCGCUGAUUCAAACUCGCCCCCCUCUCCCUUAAACAUCCACAUUCAACUCAACACUUCAGGUGAAUCCUCGAAAUCUGGCGUCUCGCCUGGGAAAGACACUACCGAAUUAUGCAAAUACGUCAUUGAAGAAUGUCCGUAUUUAAAACUAGUGGGAUUUAUGACUAUUGGCGCGAUAGCUAGAAGCCAAAUGAAAGAAGGCGAGGAAAAUGAGGAUUUCAAAGUGUUAAGAGAGGAGAGAGAUCGGGUUGAGAAGGAGUUGGGUCUAGAGGGGUUGGAACUGAGCAUGGGCAUGAGUGAGGAUUUUGAAGAGGCGAUCCGACAAGGAAGCGGAGAAGUUAGGGUCGGCAGUACGAUAUUUGGACAAAGACCAGCAAAGCAAGAUUUCAAGGUCCAAGAGGGAGUUGAAGAAGAGAAAUCUUAGUCGUGUAUUGUCUAUUCCAGGAUAUUUUCAUUCUCGCUCUCCUAUAUCAUAUGAGUAAAGAAGGACUUUUUGCAUUGCGCCUAUAUUGCAAACACCAGCCAUAUAAUCGGUGGAGAACAUGCGAGGAUUGGUUUACUAAGGUUAAAUGGGUAGCUUACGGUUUGUAGUUUGUCUUUUAAACUUGCAGCUGGAGCGGAAGAAUAUUCAAUUGAAGAUAAAUGCCACUCACUACUUUGCUUGAUGUCACUUGUAAAGCCAUCUUUAGAUAGACACUAAUCGACAAUAUGACGUUGUAGAGAUGUUCCA